AUGGGCGAUGAUAAGAAUUCGAGAGUGCCCGUUAUUUUCGGUGCCAUGACCUUUGGCAGAGAAGGUGUUGAACAGGCGCGCAUCCAUGAUCUCAAGGAAGCGGGUGAAAUGCUGGAUCUCUUCCGAGAACACGGUGGCACUAUAGUCGACACCGCCCGCGUUUACGCUCAGGGUUCUUCGGAAGAGUAUCUGGGACAGCUGGACUGCAAAGGCCGUGGUCUCAGAGUUGACACGAAGCUCUACCCCAACAUUCACGAUGGGACUGGGAAGAUCACUCACUCUGCCUCAGACCUGCGAAAGCAUCUUGAAGAGUCUCUCAAGGCACUCAAAACGGACAACAUUGACCUUUGGUAUCUCCAUGGCCCAGAUCGUGAUACACCCUUUGAGGAAACUCUCCGGGCUUGCAAUGAGCUACACAAAGAGGGAAAGUUCAAUAGACUCGGUGUAAGUAACUAUAUGGCAUGGGAAGUGGCAUAUAUGAGCGAACUGUGCAUCCGUGAAGGAUGGAUUCGUCCCACAGUCUACCAGGGCGUAUACAACGCUAUUCAUCGAACUGUCGAAAUGGAGCUUUUCCCAUGCCUCAAGCACUACGGCAUCACAUUUUAUGCAUUCAGCCCACUCGCCGGCAGUCAGCUCACAGGGCGAUACAAGCGCGACACCCAGGACAAUACCAUCGAGUCCAUGUCGCGCUUCGACCCAAACACCUUCCAAGGCCGCAAGUACCGACGACGCUUCUGGAACGACGCCGUGUUCGAUGCGUUGGAUGUAAUCAGAGAAGCUGCGGGAAAGCAUAACCUCACUGAGAUGGACUGCGCUUUUCGGUGGAUCGCGCACCAUUCCAAGCUGGAUGUUGCACGCGGUGACGCUGUAAUUAUUGGCGCCAGCAGCAAGAAACAGCUGGAGGAGAAUCUGAGGCUUUUGGAGAAGGAGCCUUUGCCUGAUGAUGUGGUUGACGCUCUUGAUAAGGCUUGGUUGAUUACGAAGGGUAAGGUGAACAAUUACUGGCAUUGA